AUGGCUCCCGCUGCUGCUCACACCGCAGACGGCAUCGCGCCUCCAAUUGACCUCAAGUCAAUCCCUCCGUUUUGGAAGAGAAGAAAUGGCAUUCUGCUCUACUUCCUUCUCACGUCGUCGCUCUUCACGAGUGCCGCUCUUGGCAUCGACGGGUCCAUGACCAACGGCAUGCAGGUUCUGCCCACUUGGCAAGAACGGUUUGGCCAUCCAACGGGCUCAAAGCUUGGAUUCUUUGGCGCCUCCAACGCUAUUGGUGGUGUGAUUCCGUUCCUGACGCUGAGCUGGCUGGGCGACAAGUUUGGUCGUCGUGUGCCGACUGCCCUGGGCUCGCUCGUCAUUAUUAUCGGAGUUCUGAUUGAGUUCUUUGCAACUUCGCUAAAUAUGUACAUUGGUGGCAAGAUGGUCCUUGGUUUUGGAAGCGGCUUGGUCCAGAUGACUGCCGCCGUCUUGGUCACCGAACUGAGCCAUCCCAAGGAGCGAGUCCAAGUCACCACUUUCUAUAACACUUCCAUUGUAUUGGGAUAUGUUAUCGGCGCUUGGGCGACAUAUGGCUGUUUCCGGAUCCCCAACCAGUGGUCUUGGAGGCUGCCUACUCUUGUUCAAAUCGUCCCGUCUGCCUACCAGCUCGCAUUGAUCUUCUUCUCCCCCGAAUCGCCUCGAUGGCUCGUCGCAAUGGGCAAGAAGGAAGAAGCAAAGGCAAUCUUGGUCAAAUACCACGGCGAGUGUGACCCGCACUCGCCCGUCGUCGCCUUCGAGUUUGCCGAAAUUCAAGAAGUCAUUUCACGCGAGGCCGAGCAAAACAUCACAUGGAAACAGUUCUUCUCAUCUGCCCCCAACCUGAAGCGAAUUGGUCUCUGCUUUGCCACUGCCGUCUUUAGUCAGAGCUCGGGCAAUCUGCUCGUGUCCAACUACCUGACGCAGAUUCUGAAAGACACCGGCGUCAGUGCCGACAAGGAUAUUACGCUUGUCAACGGCAUGGUCACGCUCUGGCAAUACAUUGUCGCUCUGACAGUCACGGCCAUCAUUGACAAAUUCAAGCGACGAACAUUCUUCCUCGUUGGCUCUGGCGGCGUCGUUGUCACGUUCAUUGCUUGGACCAUUGCCGCGCAGCAGUACCUCGAGAAGGAUUCCCUGGCUGCAGGUCGCGUUGUUCUGGCCUGUAUUUUCAUAUUCCAGGCCUUUUACACGUUUGCAUGGACAAAUUUGGUCGUUACGUAUCCUCUUGAGGUUGUCACGUACCAGAUGAGAGCCAAAACUUGGGCCUUUGUCCUGCUGACUAUCCAAGUUGCGUCCAUCUUUGGCGGUUACGUGAACCCGAUUGGUUUGGAGAAUAUCGGCUGGAAGUUCUACAUCUACUACUGCGUCUGGGUGACCAUUAUCUUCAUCAUUGUCUAUUUCUUCUUCGUUGAAACUGCGGGACCAACGCUUGAGGAACUCACGUAUUUGUUUGAAGGUGAGGAUGCAAAGAUGCACAUGAUGCAGGCGUCCAAGGGGAUAGAAGACUCUGCUGUGCACUCGGAAGAGAAGGUCGAGCAGAAGUCGGUGUAA